AUGCUGGGCAUGGCGAGCGCGCCGCCGCUCCUCGUCGCCCGCCGCGGCAACGUCGAGCUCGAGGUGCACUCCUACCUCAUCGCCGAGGCGCUGGUGGCCCACGUCUUCGCUGGGGAGGCAGAGGACACGGGCAGCAGCGAGGCCCGGCGGACCGCCGAGCAGGCUCGCUCUUCAUCGGGGACCUGCAUGCAGCCCAUCCUGGAGGUGGACGUGGACGAGCAGGACGACGAGAUGGCGCAACACGUCGAGAGCGGCGUCGUGGUCCUGGACUUGGCGAGGGACGACGAGUGGUGUGGUGGCUCCGGAGUCGCAGCAGCUCGUCAAGUCGCUGCAGGUGCCGAUCUGGCUGAGGGCGAGGGUCGCGGUGGCGAGGGGAACUCGUGCGAGCAGGUAGGCCUGGUCGCGCGCGUGCAGGCGCUCCCUGCAGUCCACGUCUUCCCCAAGCUGGAGGACACUGACAGCACCAAGCGGCAAGUGAGCGAGGAGUUCACAGCCCGAGGGGACAAGGGCGGCUCGAGUGUCGGGGAGCAGCUGCUGCACGACAUUGCGGGCGUCAGCAAGGGCUUCACGGAGGGCGGGCUGGAGAGCAAGCUGGAGGCCGAGAUCGCCAGCGAGCUCGCGAAGACGGCACGCGCCGAGGGCCAGCCCGUGCCGCCGCAGCAGGAGGCUGUGGUCUCCAGCGAGAUGUUCCUGGCCAAGGUCGGGGACGGGCUCAGCGUCGGGGAGCAGCUGCUGGACGGUGUCGCGGUCGUCGGCAAGGGCUUCACGGAGAGCGAGGAAGAGCUUAGCUUGUAG